AUGUUUUUUUGUGUUCUGAGCUGCUGCUCUGCCUGCCCCGCCCCAGCCUCCUGCUUGCUCAGAAGGUUGAGAGGUAAUAAUAAAAGCAAUACAAUCACAAUGAAACGAAAUUGAGUGAAAAAUAUAUUUCGCUUACAGAAAGCAACAAAAUCAAAUAAGUUAACAAGAAAAAAUCCGCUGGCGAGCGAAUUUCACGCCGUAUUUAAUCUUUGCCCACUGACCGCCUCCAGCUUAAUCGCUGCUCGUCUUUCUUUCCGUUCCGUUCGCGUUCGCGUGUGUUCUGUGCUCCGGCUCCGGCUCUGGCUCCAGGUCCAGCUUCAGCUACGGCCACGGUUCCGUUCCGACUUUGAUUUCGAUACGCUUCCGCUGCUGUCUUCUGUCUAUCUGUCGCGCGUUUGUCCUAUCGUUUUCGUAGCAAAUUCGUUUUCAAAUUCAACAAAAAGUAGCUGUACCACUGCCAUUUCUUUGGAAGAGUUCUUGAGUCAAGUCAACCAGAUAAUCACAGUGCUUAGUGGAUGCAUAUGAGAGUGCUGCAAAAACUUAGAAAUUAAAUAAAAAUAAGUUUGGUUCGGAGCUCUGGUUUUGCCAGAAAUAAAACACAGAAACAAACUUAGGUUAGCAGUUUUCAGGAAACACUGUAGCACACUCUAGGCGAGCUGCCCAGCAAAAUGUCCUCUACACUAGGCCUCAUCACAGCGCUACUCCUGGCGAGCACGAUAUGCCAGGCCCAGCCAGACCUGCACAAAUACAUGUCGCCGGAGCAGCUGCAGUCCGUCUUCCACGUGGACAGCCACGACGCUGUGCCCCACUAUGAGGUCGUCCAGCUGCUGCACCACGACCACCACCAGCGCCAGCGGCGCAGCAUCUCCGACAGCCGUAGGGCGGUCACAGCCCUGCCGCCCCACCACGUGAAAAAGGAUCUCAGCAAGAACUCCUAUUACAGCGAGCUGAAGCACCAGGCCAUGGCCUCGGGGGGCAACCAUCUGUCCGGCCUCGAUGUCAGUGCCAUCCAGUCCCACAACGUCUCCUUCAGCGCCUUCGGACACCACCUGAACCUCACCCUGCGCCCAACCAAGGGCCUCUUCAAGGACACGCCCCAUCAGCUGCGGAUGUGGAGCGUGGGCAGCGAGCCCAAUGCCACCCACGGCCUCGACCUUCAGGAGAUACCCAAGGAGGAGCACCACAAAGACGAGAUUGGUGAAGUGUUCCAGGAUGAGCGAAACAUGGCAGCGAUCUUGAUGCGGCGCCACAUGGAAACGGGCGACUUGAUAAUGGAGGGCAGCAUCGGUCACGACCUGGUGAUUAAGCCCUUGCCGCACGAGCUCAGUCCCAGCCAGGAGGAGGCCCACCACAUUGUGUACAAGCGCGAGGCGAGCGCAGCAGAAGAUCAACUGAGUGACUUCGCCUUCAUGGAACCCGACGAUCUGCUGGCCAGCGAGAAGCUGGAGCGUCUGCAACGGCGCCAGCGGCGCAAACGGCGCAGCGUUCCCACCAGUCCCGACUUCGAGGACCUCAACGACGAGGAUGAGGGCGUUCUGGACCCAGAGCCCCAGACCGCCGAGUCCCGCACCCGCACCCGCACCCGUUCCCGGCGCCAGGCACCGUACAUCAUCUACCCCGAAGUCUUGGUUAUCGUCGACUACGAUGGCUAUCGGCUCCACGGCGGCGAUAAUUUGCAGGUCAAGCGGUACUUCAUCUCAUUCUGGAACGGCGUCGAUCUUCGUUACCGCCUGCUGAAGGGCCCCAGAAUACGCAUCAGCAUCGCUGGCAUCAUCAUCUCCCGGGGCCGCGAUGCCACCCCCUAUCUGGAACGCAAUCGAGUGGGACGGGACGCCAUCGACUCGGCUGCCGCCCUCACCGACAUGGGCAAAUAUCUGUUUCGCGAGCGCCGCCUGCCAGUCUACGACAUCGCCGUGGCCAUAACUAAACUCGAUAUGUGCCGUCGCACCUCCGCUUAUGGCGAAUGUAAUCGCGGUACCGCAGGCUUCGCCUACGUUGGCGGUGCCUGCGUAGUGAACAAGCGACUGGAAAAGGUGAACAGCGUGGCCAUCAUUGAAGACACCGGCGGUUUCAGCGGCAUCAUUGUGGCUGCCCACGAAGUGGGACACUUACUGGGAGCGGUCCAUGACGGCUCGCCGCCACCAAGCUACCUAGGCGGCCCGGGCGCCCAGCGCUGUCGCUGGGAGGACGGAUACAUUAUGUCCGAUUUGCGCCACACUGAGCGCGGAUUCAGAUGGUCCGCCUGUACGGUCCAGAGCUUUCAUCAUUUUCUCAAUGGAGACACGGCCACCUGCCUGCACAACGCCCCACACGAGGACAGCGCUCUGGGACGCUCUCUGCCAGGCACCUUGCUUUCGUUGGAUGCCCAAUGCCGGCGGGACCGAGGAACUUAUGCCUGCUUCAAGGACGAGCGCGUCUGUGCCCAGUUGUUCUGCUUCGACGCCCAGACGGGAUACUGCGUGGCCUACAGACCCGCUGCGGAGGGUUCGGCCUGUGGUAACGGUUAUCACUGUCUGGAUGGUCGGUGCACCCCUCUGCCCUCCAACAUCAUCCCCGACUAUGGAAACAACUAUCGUUUAGUCUACAAUGGUUAACUGGAAGCUGUUUCCGUUCUAGCGAAAUGACGGCUGUACAGGCAGCAAUUGGAAUUGGUUAGUAACAGUCACUGCCAUCGAAAUUGGAACAAGUUUUUGCAGUUAAAAUGUGUUUUAGCUAGAAUUUAUUAUUAUUAUUUGAAUGGAAAACUAUUGAUUGUUUUUAGAUAUAGCCACAACUAAUUUAAAAUAUUGUCUGUUAAACGCCAACGCAACAAAGCAAUUUAAUAUUCAUACGAAUAUGCGUAUGAAAUGUUGCUCAGUACAUGCAUACAUAUAUUAUGUAAUGAUUCGGUAUAAUUUAAUUUAAUGCGAAUUCUUGUAAAAUAGUACACAUUAUUCUGUAAACAUUUCAUUCGCACAACUUUGGCAGACUACUUAAAUUAUUCUUUGAGCA